CAAAAGUGCCAAAGACUUCGGACACAGCGGAAAAGUACGAUCAGUCAGUCAUUAAUAAUAAUUGCCUCCUCAUUCGGCCUAAAACCUCAUCGGGAAAAUAUGGCUGCAACCAACUCCACCGCCGUCCACGGCCACAUGAUGCACAUGACCUUCUUCUGGGGAAACAGCGCCGAGAUCCUCUUCUCCGAUUGGCCGGGGUACGGCCACCACGGGAGGUAUAUUUUGUCCCUGGCCGUCGUUUUCGCCCUCGCCGUUCUGGUGGAGUGGCUUUCGAAUUCCGAUUCCCACUCCGCAGAUUCCGCGAAUCGAGUGGCGGCGGCGCUGCUCGGCACGGCGGUGUACGGAUCCAGAAUGGGCCUGGCGUAUAUUGUGAUGCUGGCGGUGAUGUCUUUCAACGGCGGCGUGUUCAUCGCCGCCGUCGCCGGCCACGCGCUCGGCUUCUUCCUCUUCCGGACCGCGGCUCUCAAGGAUCCGCCGGUCACGUCGUACGUGAAGAGAUCGGAUCUAUCUUCCGAUGAGCUGUAAAAAAAGUAGAUGAAGGAAUGAAGUCAAGCCUUUUGUAUACUGUACUUGUUUGUUAAUAAAAUCAAUUUCUUGUUAUGAU